AUGUUAAUGAGCAAGUUGCCUGACAGAGACAGGAACUCCGUUCCCCUCCGAGUCAGGAUCGCAGAAAUUAUGCCCCUUCUGUCACCAUGAGCUGGCUCUCCAGUUCCCAGGGAGUUGUGCUAACUGCCUACCACCCCAGCAGCAAGGACCAGGCCGUGGGGGACAGCCAUGCAAAGCAGGGCGAGGAGUCCAUCUCCUCUUCCAGUUGCAGGUAUGGCCAGUACACCAUGAGCCAGGGAAGCACGACGAAAGCUACAGAGAAGCCUCCAUUCGAUCGGUCGAGUUCCCAGGAUUCCUUGGAUGAAAUGUCUAUGGAGGACUACUGGACAGAACUGGAAAAUAUCAAGAAAUCUAGUGAAAACAGACAAGCUCAAGAGGUGGUGGUUGUCAAAAUCCCUGAUGAGGGCGAACUGGAAGAAGAGUGGCUGAAGGAGGCGGGCCUGUCCAAUCUCUUUGGAGAGUCAGCCGAGGAUCCCCAGGAAAGCAUGGUGUUUCUGUCCACCCUGACACGCACCCAGGCAGCAGCUGUCCAGAAACGGGUAGAGACGGUCUCCCAGACCUUGCGGAAGAAAAACAAACAAUACCACAUUCCUGAUGUCAGAGACAUAUUUGCUCAACAGACAGAGUUAAAAGAAAAAGCUCCAGAUGGUCCUGAAUUGCAGUCAGUUGGAACAAAUGAAAACAAAUACCAAGAAAAAGAUGGCCAGGCUUCCUGCCUCGCUGGUGACAAGCAGCUGAUCCUUCCUGUGCCUGAGGACACGCCUACCUCCAUCACAGACAUCAACCUGGAGGUGUCAUUUGCUGAGCAAGCCUUCAAUCAGAAACAGAACUCCAAGGACAAGAUCCAGAAGACUAAAGGCAGUGAUGCCUCCUUACCUAGUUUCAGAUUGCCAAAAGAUAAAACGGGCACCACAAAGAUGGGUGACCUCGCCCCCCAGGACAUGAAGAAAGUGUGCUAUUUAGCCUUCAUUGAGCUGACCGCCCUCUAUGACGUGCUGGGUCUUGAACUGAAACAACAAAAAGCUGUGAAAAUCAAGACAAGAGAUUCUGGUCUUUUUGGUGUUUCAUUGACCAUGUUGUUAGAAAAAGAUCAGAGGACAGUACCAGGAACUCGAAUACCCUUGAUCUUUCAAAAACUGAUUUCUCGCAUUGAGGAGGGAGGUCUGGAUACCGAAGGGCUCCUGCGGAUACCUGGUGCUGCAGUUAGAAUUAAGAAUCUAUGCCAAGAACUAGAAGCAAAGUUUUACGAAGGGACUUUUAAUUGGGAAAACGUCAAACAGCACGAUGCAGCCAGCCUACUGAAGCUCUUCAUCCGGGAGCUGCCCCAGCCGCUGCUCAGUGUCGAGUACCUCAAAGCCUUCCAGGCCGUCCAGAAUCUUCCCACCAAGAAGCAUCAGCUGCAGGCCUUGAACCUCCUCAUCAUCCUGCUACCUGACGCAAACAGAGACACGCUGAAGGCCCUGCUUGAAUUUCUCCAAAGAGUCAUAGAUAAUAAAGAGAAAAAUAAAAUGACCGUCAUGAAUGUAGCCAUGGUCAUGGCCCCAAAUCUCUUCAUGUGUCACGCACUGGGUUUGAAGUCCAGCGAGCAGCGAGAAUUCGUAAUGGCAGCUGAGACGGCCAGUAUCAUGCACUUAUUGAUUAAGUAUCAGAAACUUCUAUGGACAAUUCCCAAGUUUAUCGUUACCCAAGUGAGGAAGCAGAACACUGAAAGCCAGAAGAAGGAUAAAAAGCCUAUGAAGAAGCUGCUGAAGAAAAUGGCUUAUGACCGAGAAAAAUAUGAAAAGCAGGAUAAGAGCACCAAUGACGCUGAUGUUCCUCAGGGAGUGAUCCGCGUGCAAGCUCCCCAUCUUUCCAAAGUUUCCAUGGCAAUACAGCUAACUGAAGAACUAAAAGCCAGUGAUGUACUCGCCAGGUUCCUCAGCCAAGAAAGUGGGGUUGCUCAGACCCUGAAGAAAGGGGAAGUUUUUUUGUAUGAAAUUGGAGGAAAUAUUGGGGAACGCUGCCUCGAUGACGAUACUUACAUGCAGGACUUGUACCAGCUCAACCCAAAUGCUGAGUGGGUCAUAAAGUCCAAGCCGUCGUAGACCACAGCAAGCAGCACAGAGAACUGCAAGGACUUCUGGAGCAGCUCUCGCUGGGUCGAGAGUGUAAAUAAAGGAAAUGGUGGGGCUCUUACUCUUAGCUGUAUCCAGCUAUCAAAAUUGACACCUCAGGCCUUAAAGAUGUACGCAUUUGUGCUGCUGCCAGAAUUACGUUAAUUAUUAAUAGUAGAAAACAGGUUUCUGGGUAGGCAAGGGGCUUCCUGAGCUUGCGGCUGUUUUCAUAUACUGUAAAACGCACCCAGAUGUGACAAUUGUUUUUUUUUUUAACAUGAAAAUCUGUUUUCUACCCCCUUUUUACUCCUAGAAUCCUAUUUUCUGAGGUAUUUCCUUUCUUACCUCUUCAAAUCUGUCUUUCCUCAAUGUAGUUUGUAUUUGUUAGUUUUUCUAGGUACAAAACAAAGUUCAAGUUAUGAAGCCAGCAGGUAUUAAAAUAGACCUGAUCGUGAAGUAUUCUUGUCACUGGACACUGCUAGUAUUCAUGUCUUUGGGUCAUUUAUCCAAAUAAUGCCAUGCUUCUGUGUCAUAGGUGAUGAUUUGCCUUUUUUCAGUUCGUCUGACAGAUUUGCCCAGAGUUAUAUCCAAGACCAAGCAAAUAAACCACCAGAAACUGCCAAUUAUCACCAAACCAUUAAAUACUUAAAUACUAUGAAUAAAUAAAACACACCCAUGUGGAAUAGCUGAAAAUACCAAUACCCAGAGAGGGAAAAUCAGAUCACGCAUAACGCACUCUUGCAAAGCUUAUUUGAACAAUCCUAGCUGGCUUUGCCCAUUGUUGUAUCAGGAUCAUAAUACAAUCUGGUAAUGACUGGAGCAUAUAUUCAUAAAGCAGGGCUUUUAAAUAUUUUUGUCCUGAAUAAGUCAACUAGCAGAGUUAAUGUGGGUAUAACCAUCGUGUGAACAAGCUUUUGUUUGUGUACUUAUUUUAAAUAAGCACAUUUAUUAAACUGUUGAAAGGACUAUUCCCAGGGAUUUUAAUGCAUACACCAAGUCAUGAGAAGAGGUAAGCCUCUGUAUUGUACAUAAGAGAAAUGUUAAAUAUUUUAUGAGGUUAGCGUGUAGUAAAUAAAAGGUGAUGUAACUGAAUGGUGUGCCAACUUUGUUUAUGAUACUUUUAGUAGUUCUUUAGGAAAAUUACGUUCUCAGAAGCUCUUGAUGCCUCUCUAAUUAGGAGUGAAAAUGCUGUUAAUGAGAACAGUCAUAAAUUUCUAGCAUUUAAUUACAAGAGCAGCCUGUGGAUAGGAUCACUUCAGUAACUUUCUGGUGAUUUGUGCCAUUGCUUUUUUUAUUUAAUGACGUUUUAUAAUUAAAUACUUUUUGCUAAAUUUUUUGAAUUCUUUUAAUACUGUGUGUUGAUGAGUCUGCUUUCUUAAUAUUUUUGAUUGACAAACGGAGUACAUGACUGUAAGCUGUAUCUGAUUUUAUUUUUCUAUUUUACCUGUGUACGUUUUGAAUUUGGAAGAUAAUGUGAGAGAAAUGUCCUUCCCUCAGGGUUUUCCUUAUGUAGAUUUCUAUUUUUAAGGACUUUCCAAACUUUAUUUUGUUUCUCAUUCUAAUGAUAUGUUAUUUUCAUGAUAAGCAGAAUUUUUAUUGAUGGUUUGAUGAAAGAAUAUAAAGGUUUGAAAAACUUAGGCUUGUGCAAGCUCAGGAAUAAAUACAAUGGCUUAAAUAAAUGUCUUUCGAAAGCAUA